AUGCACCAUGAUUUUGAGGCUUCUACUUCAAACCAAGAGACACAUGAUAUUUCCAAUUCUGCAUUACGAAGUAGUUUUAAUGUACUGAACAUACCAAUGAUUUCAUAUGUAUUACCAACAUGCAAUAGCUAUAAAUAUUGUUGUGCAAGAAAAUUUUAUAGAGAAAGUAAAGGCUUCUAUUGCUCAGAUGGAAAAGUUUAUCUCUGCAUUCCUGAUUCACCAACUGAACUUUACAACUUGUUUACUUCCAAAGAACCUCAAUGUGUGGAAUUUAAAAAGAUUGCAAGAGGAUAUAAUAAUCAUUUUGCUUUCACUUUAUUUGGUAUCAAAUAUGACAAAGAGCUCUUCAAAUCAUAUAGAGGUAUUUACGCAUUCAAGGUUCAAGGACAAGUAUAUCAUUACGUAAAUGAACUUAUCCCACAGAACAGUACACAUUCUUAUAUGCAAUUCUUUAGGUCUUUAAGUCAUACAACUAACUUGCAAGACCAUCGAAUACACGUAAGAUGUGACCCAGGACUUGAUCAAAGAGUCUUCAAUACUCCUACAGCAUCUCAAGUAAAUUCAUAUAGUAGAUUCUUUAGGUCUUUAAGUCAUACAACGAACUUGCAAGACCAUCGAAUACACGUAAGAUGUGACCCAGGACUUGAUCAAAGAGUCUUCAAUACUCCUACAGCAUCUCAAUAUUCAUUACUUUUUCCGUAUGGGGAAUUUGGUUGGCAUGAAGGAAUUGAGAGGUGUAGAAAGACCUAUUUUCAGCCCGAACUGUUGAAUGGAAUGAAGCAACGGUCACAGAUUUCUUGUCAAGAAUACUAUUCAUACAAAUUACAAAUUAGGCAUUCCGGUAAGUCUGUUUUGCUUCAUAGUGGUAGAUUGUUUCAGCAAUAUGUUGUCGAUAUGUAUGUUAAAAUCGAAACUGCAAGAUUAGACUAUUUUCGUAACAAUCAAAAACAAAUUCAAGCUGAACUUUACCAAGGUAUUGUAGACAACGUUCAAAAUGGAGAGACAAGGGGAUACAAAAUUGAAAGAAAAUUUGUUUUGCCACAGUCCUUUACAUUUGGACCUAGAGAUAUGCUAAGGAGAUAUAUGGAUGCAAUGGCUAUUGUACAACGUUAUGGAAAAUCAGAUAUAUUCUUAACUAUAACAUAUGUUAAUAAUAUAGUUUCAUGUGAAAUUCCGGACCAAAACAAAUAUCCUUAUCUUCAUUCUAUUAUUGUUAAGACCUUAAUCCAAAAAAUGUAUGCAUGGAAGCAAAUAAAUGUUGUAAAAAUAAAUGCCCUAGGGAUUUUUGUAAUACUACUAUUCAGUGAUAACUUGUAUCCAUUGUAUAAACGCCGUGAUAACGAUAUUUCUAUUAAAGUUAGAGGUCAAAUGUUAGACAAUCAAUGUGUUGUACCGUAG